UCGGUGACUGCGCCUACGCAGGGUCCCAAAUAUACCCUCAGGGAGUCCAUCAGGAUUUGAGGAUCCUGAAGCAGUAGCUGAAGGAGCGUCCGGUCCUCGAGCAGGGGUGCUGGAAACAGGCCCCCGCACCAGCCUGAGCACACUCGGCCCCCUUUUCGGGGCAAGCGGUCAACUGCCCCCCCCGGCACCCGCGUCCCUGCGGCAGGACCAGGGCCCCAGCCGCCUGGACUGACGCCGUCUGAUGGAGCCCCAGGCAGAGAAGCCAGGAGAGGCGGACGGGGUGCGAGUCACGCCCCAGCUGCUCAAGUCGCGCUCUGGUGAGUUUGCCCUGGAGUCCAUCCUGCUGCUGAAGCUUCGGGGCCUGGGGCUGGCCGACCUGGGCUGCCUGGGGGAGUGCCUGGCCCUCGAGUGGCUGGACCUGUCGGGCAACGCCCUCACCCAGCUGGGCCCGCUGGCCUCCCUGCGCCAGCUGGUGGUGCUCAACGUCGCCGACAACCGGCUGACGGGGCUGGAGCCGCUGGCCGCCUGCGAGAACCUGCAGAGCCUCAACGCGGCGGGCAACCAGCUGGCCGCCCCCGCGCAGCUGCAGUGUCUGGCCGGCCUGCGCAGCCUCCAGUGCCUGCGGCUCCGGGACCCGCUGGCCCGGCUCAGCAACCCGCUGUGCGCCAGCCCCGCCUACGCCGCGCUGGUCCGGGAGCUGCUGCCCGGCCUGAAGGUCAUCGAUGGCGAGCGCGUGACCGGGCGCGGCAGUGAGUUCUACCAGCUGUGCCGUGACCUGGACAGCUCGUUGCGCCCCAGCUCCAGCCCGGGCCCGAGGGCCCCCGAGGCGCAGCCCUGGGUAGAGCCAGGGUACUGGGAGUCGUGGCCCGGCCGGAGCAGCUCCAUCCUGGAGGAGGCAUGCCGGCAGUUUCAGGACUCGCUGCGGGAGUGCCACGAGCUGGACCGCCAGGCCCGCGACAGUCUGGCCCGGGCCGAGCAGGCGCUCAGCCCCGCAGGCGCCACCUCAUCCUUUGUGUUUUGAGUAUCCCCGCGGCCCGUGGCAGCUGGGCACGUGGCCCCAGGGUUAGCAUACUGUGGCCCAGCUGCCCAUGUCUCCCCUACGGGGACACGUCCACGCGCUCCUCAUGCUGGCCGCCGGGCCGCAGACUGGGCCCUUCGUUUAUCUGUGUUCCUAAGAGCAGCGCCUCCCUCUUCCUCUGCCUCAAGGAAAAUCCCAUACCGUCCCUCCCCGAGCUGCAAGGACACACCCCUCGGUGGCCUCUGGCACGUGUAAGGACUCUCCUCAAGCGGCCAGGCACCACCUGCACUGUGCACCUGGGAGGAGGCCGUGUCCACGGCUGCCACGCCUGGCUGCGCGGGUCUGAGACUUGAGGGAAGACAGUCGCUUUUUCAUAAGGCUGAAGAUGAGAAAGGUCGGGAACCUGUGUCCGCUGUCCCGGCCAGUCCUGGGAGAGGCCGCGGCAGAGCCCGGAAGCUGGCGUUGACCCACCUUCCAAAUGACCCUCUGCUGCGGGCCCCCCCCAUCCCCUGGGACCCUGGAGCCUCCGCUGCCCACCCUCACCCACGCCGAUCCCUAUUAAAUCUUUCUGUUUUAGGAAGCAUU